AUGGCUAAAAGAAAGGAAACAACCAAUAAGGUCAAGGAGGACUUGAUCGGUACAAUCGAUAGCGAAUCUGAAUUAGAGGUUGCUGUCGAAGAGCUGGAGUCUGAAGACGAAUUGGAAGACAAGAAACAGGAGGAAACUGAAGCCAAAGAGGGCGAGACUGAUAUUGAUCCAUCGUUUCAAUUUUCCUUGGAUGGUUUCGAGACCUCAAAUACGAUGAAUGGAUGGGAGUUUCGUGUGACUGAAGAAGAGGCUCCAAAAAGAAAAGAGGUGAAUUUGGAUGACAUUUUGAGAAGAAAGGGAGGUUUGGCUGGAUUGGCAGAGGAAGAGAAGCAAGACCAGCAAGACGAAGAGGUUGAGCAAAAUGGUAACGAAGCCGAUGAGGAAGAGGAUGAACAAAACGAAGACGACGAUACUCCCCAGGAAAUUGCAGAUGAGGACGAUGACGAAUUAGCAAUGGAUGGAUUCGGUAUGGGAGCACCAGAAGAUGAAGAUGAAGAAGAAGAAAAUGGGGAAGACGAUGCCGAAAGCAAAGAAAAUGACGAUGUCAAUGAAGAAUACGACAUGGAAACCAACAUGGACUCAGGUGCUAGCGACUCAGAAAACGAUGAGGACUCUGCUGAGGCCAUCGCCAAGUUUUACGAGAAAGCAGACGAACCUGAACAAGCGCAUACAUCUUUCCAAACGCUUGACCUUUCGCGUCCAGUAUUGAAAGGCUUGGGCUCUUUGGGUUACACAAAGCCUUCUCCUAUCCAAUCAGCAUCUAUUCCCAUCGCCUUGUUGGGCAAGGACAUCGUGGCCGGUGCCGUGACCGGUUCUGGUAAGACGGCUGCGUACAUGAUUCCAGUGAUCGAGAGAUUAGUGUACAAGCCAUCCAAGGUGGCUUCUACCAGAGUUAUCGUGUUGACUCCAACUAGAGAGUUGGCCAUUCAGGUGUGCGAUGUGGGUAAGAAUAUUGGUCGUUAUGUUAACAACUUGACAUUUGGUUUGGCUGUCGGUGGUUUGAACUUGAGACAACAGGAACAACAAUUGCGUACGAGGCCAGAUAUUGUGGUGGCCACUCCUGGUAGAUUGAUCGACCACAUCCGUAACUCUGCGUCAUUUUCACUUGAUGCGUUGGAGAUUUUGAUCAUGGAUGAAGCUGAUAGAAUGUUGGACGAGGGUUUCCAGGCCGAACUUACCGAAAUUUUGCUGUUGAUUCCUAAGCACAAAAGACAAACCAUGUUGUUCUCUGCUACUAUGAACACCAAGAUUCAGGAUUUGAUUCAGUUGUCGUUGAACAAGCCAGUCAGAAUCAUGAUCGAUCCCCCCAAGGCUGCAGCAUCCAGGUUGGUGCAAGAGUUCGUCCGUAUUCGUAAAAAGGACACAAUGAAGCCAGCGUUGCUCUUUCACUUGCUUAAGACCGUUGACCCUGGUCAGCAGAGUCGAAUUGUUGUUUUCGUUUCCAGAAAAGAAACUGCUCAUCACUUGAGAAUCAUUUUAGGUUUGCUAGGCAUGAAGGUGGCCGAAUUGCAUGGAUCUUUGUCACAGGAGCAGCGUCUUAACAAUGUCAACGACUUCAAAAACUUGACAGUGCCUGUGUUGAUCUGUACAGAUUUGGCAGCCAGAGGAUUGGAUAUCCCUAAGAUCGAGAUGGUCAUCAACUACGAUAUGCCAAAAACUCAUGAAAUUUACUUGCAUAGAGUUGGAAGAACUGCCAGAGCUGGCAGAGAGGGUCGUUCCAUUACGUUAGUGGGAGAGGCUGCUGCUGACAGAAAUAUCGUCAAGGCAGCAUUGAAGUCAUUGGAGUCCAGUGAAUCUGGCCAGAAGGCUGUUCUGCGGAGCGUCGAUUGGCCCGCAGUGGAAAAUUUGCAUAAGCUCGUGAAAGAGAAGGAAGAAAUCGUCAAGGAGGUUUUGGACGAGGAGAAGCUGGCCAAGGAGAUGUUGGCAGCUGAAAUGGAAAUGGCUAAGGCUGACAACUUGAUGAAGCAUGGAAAGGAGAUUCAUUCCAGACCAAAGAGAACGUGGUUCGAGAGUGAAAAGGAAAAGAGAUUACACCAAUCUGCUGCUAUGCAGCAGCUUACUAAGGACAAGCUGAAACCAAACUCCAAGAAGAGAAAAGUGAUAGAGGCACAGAGAGAGGGAGGAAGAUCUUAUAAGAAGACGCAGGGAGACAGAGCAAAGACGCAGGGCAAGGCAAGGAAUGCCAAGUCCGGAAAGGCUAGUAAGAAGAGAAGAUAG